AUGCUGCAGCAAAUUUUGCGUGAUAUGUAUAUCGACCCCGAGCUCCUGGCAGAGCUGAAUGAAGAGCAAAAGCAAAUCUUGUUCUACAAGAUGAGAGAAGAGCAGCUGAGGCGCUGGAAGGAGAGGGAAGAAAAAGCACGAAUGGAGGAGGCUAUGCUGACAAAAACAGCAAGGCGCAAACAAAGUAAUGGCAAACACGUGCAGUGGCUGCGUGGGAAGGAUGGUGAGGUCUGGGUCUGGGUUAUGGGAGAAGCCCCAGGUGACAAGCCGUAUGAACAGAUAUCAGAGGAGCUAAUAGCUGAACGCGCCAGGCAACAAGCACAGAAGGAGGCAGAAGAGCUAUGGAGACAAAAAGAAGCUGAAAUUACAAAGAAAUUCCGGGAUGCUAUGGCUCAAGAAAAAGCCAGAAUAGUAGCAGAAAAAUGGAAAAUAGAAAUGGAAGAUCGAAAAGCAGCAAAAUUGGAGGAGGAAAAGAUUCAGGAGGAUCUGAAGAAAAGAGAAGAAGAGGAGAGACAAAAGGGUGAAGAACAAAUAAGGCAGCAGGAGGAAAUCCGAGCAAAAGAGCUGUAUUUGAGCCUCAAGCAAGCUCAGCAGCACAGUCAACACAGCGAUGAUGACCAGGAGUGGGAAGAACAGUUGCGCCGCUCCAAAGCUGCGGAUGAAGAAAGGAGCCACAAAGCACGCAGAGCGAGGGAUGAGUACCGGCGGCAAUCCUUGCGGGCCAUCCAGAAGGGCAGAGUGGCUGAUCUGAGUAAUUUGUUCCAGGGAACCAGCCUGAAUAACGAUCAGGAGGCAAAACUGAACAGCAACAGUGCGAGUCCUUUGCUGUCUCACGCUGUGACAUCCAGUAAAAUCUGGGAACGUCCUUCUAGACCCUUUUCAAGAGAAGUCAUCAUUCGCUGGUUCAAAGAAGAGCAGGUCCCUCGACGUGCCGGGUUUGAGAGGAAUACCAACAGGAUUGCUCAGUGGUUUCACGGUAUUAUUAGUCGCCAGGAGGCAGAAGAGCUGCUGAUGAAUAAAUCUGAAGGAACAUUCCUGGUGCGAGUCAGUGAGAAAAUCUGGGGCUACGCAUUGUCUUAUCGCCAACAAAGCGGGUUCAAACACUUCUUGGUUGAUGCUUCGGGGGAUUUCUACAGCUUCUUGGGGGUAGAUCCAAACCGACACGCAACACUGACAGACCUUAUUGAUUUUCACAAGGAAGAAAUCAUCACAUCGUCAGGUGGGGAGCUGCUACUGGAGCCAUGCGGACAGCAGAAGAAUCCACCAGACUACAGCCCUUUAUUUGAGUAACCAGGACUCAUUGGAAUGUGCUCUGGGUAGCUGCAGUAAUAAUAGAAAGCCACAAAAGUAAACACCAAAAAGUAAUUAACAGACUUUCUAAGCCACUGGUCUUGUGGCCAAAGAGUGUCCUCAUUAGAAGACCCCAAAUGUUUCUGCUCAACAUGUGAUUUAUCAAGAUUAUUCAUAUUGCAAGCUUUUUAAAGAUGAAAAACUACUGACAGAUUACAGAUGAGGACUAUUUCCAGGAAUUUUUAAAAGGUUGUGGCCAAUUGUAGUGAAAGCUAAGUUGCUGUCCUAAUUUUCCUGACGUUUAAGAUUGAAAAUGCAAAAUCAUAUACUUUUAACAGAUUGAAGUAUGGCUGGGAACUAUUCGUUGAGUCUUGUGUAAUGUACCAAUAUUGUUGAACAAGCUCUUUUUUCCAAAGCAAAAUCUGUUAGUUUCCGUUGAUGAUCUCUUCACUCAGUUGUGCACUUUUGGAAGCAAGCAAUGCAGUCUUAAAAUGUCCUUUUCCAGUUUGUGAUUGCUGAAAUGAUUAGAUAGAGCUGAAGUCUUUCUAUCCUGCUUUUCAAUACAUACUGACAGAGUUCACUGCAGCAGAGACAGUCGGAACACUCAUUCUCAUUGUGUUUACAAUUACAUGCAGUUGAGCUGCCUUGGAAGGAAUUCUUCAGUACAAAAAAACAGUCAGUUUAGAAUAAACUUGUUAUUCUAGUAACCACUUUGAUUUGUAGCAGGAACCACAACUCAGACUGACCUUGUCAUGUUUAGGUUUUUUUCUGAUGUACAAGAUGCAUGCUUGAGAUUCCUACUUCUACUUUGCUAUAGUACUAGUUACCUUCCUUGGUAGUACCAGAUAUCUUCCUUGGCUGAGCUUUAAGUGGUUACUGUAACACCUCUUAACAAAUCAAUUCAGGAAAUGCAGUAAAUAACCAAUGCUUAUUAGCUGGAGUUGCUCUUAGCAUCUAGUUCCCAGAUAAGACAUAUGGGCUUUUCACAGCAACUGAGUUUUCUGAGAUAGGACAUUAUUUAGCUGCAGCUGAUAUCUUGAGAUACCAUGUGACUUGGAAGCUAGAUAAAGAGCCAAGAUACCCACGGUGUCUUUGAUUUUUUUAAAAGUAUGCUUUUGUACAGAUCACCAGGGUCUGGAUCCUCAAAAUGGAAUACAGCUCUGCUAUUCUGAAUAUAGACUUAAUUAACUCCUCUAGUAUAAUCUAUGAUCUCUGUUAAAGGAGAAGCCUGGUGUGGUAUGUCUGAUCUGGGACCACAGUGCUCCAGAACAUGGAGCUCAGCACAGUGGUGAUUCACUGUGCAUUUCAAAUAUGGACACUAUAAAAGCCGUAGGGAAGCUGCUUUCCACUCUGCCCUCAAUAGAACGUUUAGCAAGAGCUAUCUAAACCCUCCAAACAGCUCCCGUAUCUACUAGCUGCUUUCUUACCUUUCAGAGGUAAGUAUCCAUACUUGUGAGGACCCAUACACACCUCUGAGGCCAGAGUGUUGAAGAAAGGAAUUCACAUUCACAGAGACUGUUGAGAAUAGUUCAAUUUAUUUCUAAUUAAACAGAAUGUUCCAUUUAUGUAUGUAUGUAUGUAUUUAUUUUAGGGCUAAGAAGGCUUGAGCAUAUAGCUUUCUAUCCUAUGUGUCCUGUUCUGAUGUAGUCAACAUCAUAACAGCAUCAUCAUUUUCACUUUGGACUACGUUUCCUAAGUUACCUUCGUGUUGUUAAUUUUUCUGCUGAUUCCAUCCUCUUCUCAUUCUAGGUUUUACCUGGCUUUCAAAUAAUUUUUUUUUAAGUUCCUCUGCAAAUGAAAUUGCUGUCUGGAAAACUGCAAUUUCAUCUGAGAAGUUUAUUAUGCUAAUAA